AUGUGGAUUAACGCUGUAAACCGCAAAACACCUAAAGGCUGUAGGACAAUAAAUUAUGACAACUUGAGAAUUUGUUCCGAUCAUUUUAGAUCAGGACAGCCCUCGAAUUUACACAACACUGAUGAUGUUGAUUGGGUUCCUUCUUUACGUAUGGGAUACCAAACAAAAGCUGAAAAAAGAAAUGAUGAAGCUAGUAGUACACGCAAACGUUGGAUUGAUAGACAACGGAAAUUGGAGCCUGAAUUGAAUGAGACUGAGAUUUUUUCUGUACCAAACCCUUCUGCUUCCAUAACAGUUUCGCGAGAAAGUGCUGUUUCACUGGACGAAUGCAUAGGCACCGAAGUCCCAGAGGAGAAUAAUGCAGUGUCUAUUUCAAUGGAUAAUAAUGAAAUCGAGAUCGAUAAUUCCACUGCACAAGCGAAUGGCGGUGCAUCUUUAGCAUCAAAGAAUGUUCCAGCUAAUAGCUCGAAUCAAAUUUUCCGAGAAUUGAAACUAUCACGUUCACUAUUAUUCAGUGAUGAAAUGUUUGCCGAAGAUGAAGAAAAACUUAAAUUUUACACUGGAGUGAAUAGUAUGAAAUUACUUCAGUUUUUGUUAAAAGGCGAUUACCUGGCCUUCCGAAGCAGCCAUAAAACAAUCAACACCAGAUAG